GAACGGAUGACAUAUAUUUUUUUUUUUAUUUUUCAAAUCGAUCUUUGGUUUGCCACCAAUUCUUUUACCCGCUGUUGUUCUCCUUUCCCUUCCUCGGUUCAUAAGAGCACUACGGCGAUGAAAACAGAGCAAACAUGACCACCAUCCACCCUCCCCUCCCCCCUAUCUGCCACCCUUUGCUCCCGUACCAUUCUUCGCUCUCCCAUUCGUGUUUUCAGGGUGAGAUGACCCGAUCCCGGUUAGGUGGGGAGGGAAAAAAGUACUUGCGAGGUCAGCUGCAUCAUGCGUGGAUUGACACGCAUUGGUCUAUGGUACUGUUUUUUUUUUCAUGGGAACAGCCCGGAACCCAUUUGGACAAUGUGAAUUCAUCAUGCAGACCCUCCUCGUACGUAUAUAGCUUCAACCCCCUGUGCUUUCCGAUAUUUAGUGAACGACUUCAGCGACCAAUACAACGACGGGCAGCUGCAACAAACUCGAAUACAAUGCAGCUGGAUCACAUCACAUUAGAUUCCACUGCAUUGUUCAACAUUGCUGACAGUGAUAAUGAUAGUGAGGAUGGCAGUAGGGAUGACAGUGAGGAAUGACAGUGGGAAUGACAAUGAGAUUGAUAAGGAUAAGGAUGAUGAGAAUGAUGAUGAUGGUGAUGAUGAUGAUGAUGUGUGGUCCUUCCCGGCAGGGCUGUUCCCCGCUCUAUUUUGGUUCCUCCGUGUCCUUGGAGUCUCCCGC